AUGGUGCUGCUGGCCGGACCCGGACUCGAGGGCGGCGGGGCGCGCUGCGUGUCCCCGCCGCCACCGUCCCCACCCCGGGACGCGCAGGCCCGAGAGGACCCCGAGGAGGUGGAGGAGGAGGAGGACUACGAGGACUUCUCGCGUCUGCCGGACACCCGCAGUUUGGCCUCCGACGACUCCUUCUAUCCUCCCGGUGGCCAGGAGGAGUUGGGCGCGCCGAGCGCCACGAGCGCGACAGAGGGCAUCCCGGAGGCAGCGUCCCUUCUGCGAGCUGCGGGCGCCAACGACGUGGGGCUGCUGAGAGCGUUGGUGAGGAGGGGACCGAGCGAGGAAGAAGUGCGGGAGACGGAUCGCAACGGCAGGACCAGCCUCAUUGUUGCCUGCUUCCAUGGCUUUGUGGACUCGGUGUUGGUGUUGGCCGAGUGUCCCUACAUCGAUGUCAACUGGCAGGACAGUGAGGGGAACACGGCGCUGAUCAUAGCUGCUCAGGCCGGCCACUCAGCCAUCACGCAUCACCUGCUCAACUAUUUCCCUGGACUGGAUUUGGAGCGCAGGAAUGCACUGGGCUUCACAGCACUCAUGAAGGCGGCACUACAGGGUCGUACCGAGUGUGUUCGGGCGCUCAUGCUGGCAGGAGCGGAUGUCCACGCGAGGGACCCGCACCGAGGGAUGUCAUCCCAGGAGUGGGCCGCCUACACGGGGCGCCUGGAGGCAGUGCGACUCAUCCAGCGGCUCUUGGAGCGGCCUUGCCCGGAGCAGUUUGGGGACAAGUACAAGCCGGAGCUGCCACUCGCCCUGCAUGGAGCUGCGAAACCCCCCAGCUCCAAAACCUGCCUGCAGCGCCUCAGUCGCUGCCUGCAUGCCGCGCUCAGCCCCCGCGCGCGCGCCCUGCAGGACGGCGGGGUCCUGGACCACAUGGUCAGAAUGACCACCAGCCACUACAGCCCCGCAGUGGCCAUCGGCUGCCAAACUGUGUGCCCCGACAGCCCGCCCUGCGUGGGCAAGCGACGCCUGGCUGUGCAGGAGAUCCUGGAGAUCCGAGCGCGCAGGAGCGCAGGGGCCCCGGAGCAGGACCAAGGGUUCAGCGGUCAGCCACAAUUGCCGGCGUCGCAUACCUUGGGGGACUCCAGAGAGGGGACCCCCGAGGCCGGCCUGGGUUCCCCGCAGCCCCGUAGCAGCAGCGCCCCGCGCAAGGCCAGUCUCCGGACCCUACAGCGCCUCCGAAAGGGGAGCGUGCGUCCCGGCGUGGUCAUCCCCCGGGUGCGCGUGAGCAAGGCGCCCGCGCCCACCUAUCAGCCCGAGCGCCAGCCCAGCAAGGACAGCGCCCACCUCCAGCUGCCCAAGUGGCGCUACAAGGAGGCCAAGGAGGAGAAGCGGAAGGCGGAGGAGGCGGAGAGGCAGCGCCUGGCAGAGGCGCAGAAGGAAAAACGGGCACCGCGCUGGAGGAAAAGGACGUGACCGGGUCUGGCCCCCUACCGACCCCCUCAAAAGCGCACAGCACCUGAUGCAC